AUGUACAAAAUUUUCGUCACCUUCAUCGUCGCCAUGAUGAUUGGAAUGAGCAUCCAACAAGGACCAAGUGGAGAAAUUGGUAUAGGUGGCAGUCAAGAAUCAUCUGGCAGUGUUGCUGGUGAUUUAACUGGCAGCGUUGGAAACAUCACUGGUGACUUUGGAUUAGAUGGAGACGAGGACCUUGGUGGCAACAGAAAUUUCGGGUUCGGUAGGGACUUUUAA